CCCGAUACCGGGACGGGGUAUAAACGAGAUUCACGAUAUACAAGGCGUGUUGCGGGGGAGUGCGAAGUACAUAUAUAAGAACGAAGUGCUGUCGGUCCCGGCGUUCUUGCCUCGAGGCUAUCGCGACUAGGGUGUCCUCAACCACUCCUAUUAAAUUUCUGGCACUUUCCUCGCCCAGUCAUAAGGCUUGCCCUGUGACCCGACCAAUGACUAUCGUCGAAGCUACAUUCGCUGCAUCUGAUCCGUCUGAUCAUAUGGAUGCGGAUAAAGAGGUGUUGACCCGCCAACUGGAAGAAAUCAACCUGAUCAAAUAUUCCGUUCUUCCCGACGAACUACUCGCGUUCGUACUAGACGCCGACAAGUGGACAUCCCUGCUUGAGGAAUAUCCCUGCUCCGUGCCUACCGGAAAGUGGCCAGAGGAGCUCUCAAACGCGAGAUUUCAGGUGAAGGUCGAUAGUGCAAGGCUCUGGUUUGAGGUUAAUGUACCUAGAGAAUACCCCCAUGGUAUCCAUGAAGGAAAGAACAUCCCCGUCAUCUCGGUUAAAUGCGAAGACGUCAAUAGAGAAGAGCAAGAGAAAUGGCAGAAGAUAGUUGAAGAACGUUGGCGAGAAGUGAUUGACAGCGAGGCCCAAUAUCCACUGCAUGUGCUCAUCUGCCUUCAUCUUCUGCCCGAGCUACACGAUGCUCAUGACUCCGGUAUACUUUCGGAAGCGUCGGACGACCCUCGGCAUCCUACGGGCGACAAUAACCCUGCGUCCGGGUCUACCGCGCCCUCUACAUACCAUGUCUUGUUCACUUCGCACCACCUGAUCUCACCUCAAAAGCGGCGGUCCUUACAGCAAUGGAGCUCCCUUCUCUCCCUCGCAGGCUUCGCUAAACUAGGCUACCCAGGGGUCAUAUAUGCCGAAGGGCCGCGCGAGAACCUCCAGGAGUUCGUAAGUAAUGUGAAGUCCAUGCAGUGGCUAGCACUGCGAUUGCGCUUUAUUGAACCGCUGCUGGCCGAGGAUACCCCUGUUAAACCGGAAGAGAAACGGUGGGUUGAGUUCGAGAAAGUGGGCGAGGUCGUGCAGGAGAUGAAAAGGCUGGGGAGAGAGAAGUACGUACUUGAGACGGGCAUCGGGAGUGUCGGCGCGGGUGCUUCCAUGUCAAAAUGA